GCAUCUUUCAUUUGCAUUACACAGCAAAUUUUACAAUUCUUGCAAGGAAGUUUAUUUUGCCUAAUAUACGAAGGAAAAGAUAUAAAAUUCAAUUUAAAAUACUUUUAUUACGAUGGCCGGUGCAACGAAAUUUGAAAGAACUCAGUCGAUUACACCGAUGGGUCAUGAAGACAGUGAAAAUCUUCUAAAAAAAAUUACAAGCGAAUUCGAGAUGGACGAAAACGAUGAAGAACGUAUUCGUAUUCGGGAACAACAAAUUCUUGACUUAGGACUUCAAUAUAAGCAACAAGGAAAAGCAAAAGAUCUUGCUGAUCUAAUUGCGAAAUCUCGACCGUUCUUAAAUUUGAUUUCAAAGGCCAAGGCUGCUAAACUUGUGCGUUCAUUGGUUGAUUUCUUCUUGGAUCUUGAAGCUGGCACAGGAAUUGAAGUUCAACUGUGUAAAGAUUGCAUAGAAUGGGCAAAAGUAGAAAAGCGAACAUUUUUGCGACAGUCUUUAGAAGCUCGCUUAAUUGCUUUGUAUUUCGAUACUGGAUUAUUUCCUGAUGCUUUGAGUUUGGGAUCUCAGCUUUUGAAAGAAUUGAAGAAAAUGGAUGAUAAGAAUCUUUUGGUGGAGGUACAGUUGCUGGAAAGUAAAACCUAUCACGCUUUGAGUAAUUUAUCCAAGGCUCGUGCAGCUCUUACUUCAGCACGUACAACAGCAAAUUCCAUCUAUUGUCCACCUAAAGUCCAAGCUUCACUUGAUUUACAGUCUGGAAUUCUUCAUGCAGCUGACGAGAGAGACUUCAAGACCGCAUUUUCGUACUUUUAUGAAGCUUUUGAAGGAUACGACAGCGUCGAAAACCACAGAGCUUUAACUGCUCUCAAAUACAUGUUACUCUGCAAGAUUAUGUUAGGACAGUCAGAUGAUGUUAAUCAAAUCGUAAGCGGAAAACUGGCGAUAUCAUAUUCUGGAAAAGAUAUUGAUGCUAUGAAAGCAGUUGCUCAAGCAUCACAUAAACGUUCAUUAGCAGAUUUCCAACAAGCGUUGAAGGAUUACAAGUCUCAACUUGAAGAUGAUAAAAUAGUUCGUGCUCAUUUGGAUUCGCUCUAUGACACUAUGUUAGAGCAAAAUCUUUGUCGUAUUAUUGAGCCUUACUCUCGUGUGCAAGUUUCAUUUAUUGCAAGCACCAUCAAAUUGCCCAUUCAUCAAGUCGAGAAAAAAUUAUCACAAAUGAUUUUAGAUAAGAAAUUUAGCGGUAUCUUGGAUCAAGGCGAUGGAGUUUUGAUUGUAUUCGAAGAGACACCGAUUGAUAAGACUUACGAUACUGCCCUUGAGACCAUUCAUCAUAUGGGAAAAGUUGUGGACACUCUUUACCAGAAAGCGAAAAAGUUGUCUUAAAUCUUCAUUUGAUUGACAACCAUUUUAAGCUCAUAGCUACUAUUUUUCUCACUUUUCUUUCUUUUAGCUCUCAUAUUUUCUUUCGUUUUCAAUUCAAUAAAAUAAUAACGAUCAGUAAAUUGCUUGUAGAAAUCGUGGUGAGUUCAUAAUGGUUGCACAAUGUGAAGGUUUAUGAAUAGGAAAUUUCAAAGUGAAGAGAGAAACGAAAUUAUACUGUUAAAAAUUUUAUCGUUUAAUAUUUUGUAAAAAGGAAGGCAUAAUAAUAAAGAAAUAUUGCAGAAGAAAAAAAUGAAGUUCGUUGUACGUUCUAAAAUUUAU